AUGCGCCGCCUCGCCUCCGUCUUCCGCAAGGGCUCGACCCGCUCAGACAGGUCCGACGCCGUCGACAGCCAGGCCACCGACGAGUCCGCCGCCGCGACCGCGUCCACCAUCGGCCGCAAGCGCGGCGCCGCACGCUUCUUCACCAGCAGCUCGCGCAUCAACAUCUCCACGGAGCCCUCGCUGCUGCCCCCGCCGCUCGUGCGCAGCAACCAGGCCUCGUCGUCCGCGUCGUCGUACGAAGAUUCGCUCAGGACGCCCGAGGAUGACGGCCUCCAGAGCCGCCUCCCGAGCCCGACCCCCAACCUGGCCAAGAAGGCGUGGAGGGCGACCCUCAUGGGCAGGAAAUCCGGCAGCGCAGAGUCGGAGCCCCAGCGAGCCGCCGCCCUGGACGCAACGCCCCGCGCGCAAGACUGGCGGCCUCGACAGCCUCCCCCCUUGCGCGAGCCCCCACCUCUCCGCGCCGCCGGGAAAACCUCGCGCGAAGGCGAUUCCGACGACGAUUCGUCGACCGAUUCGGAAGACAGCUACGACCAGCAGGACGUCCCGACGCCGACACGCCCGACAAUAGCUAUCCCGCGGGAGUCUGCUGCCGCUGCUGCCCGCGCCAAUCUGGGCACGGCCGCCCGCAACCUGAGCACGUUCACGGCCAGCACGAUGACCCCACCGAUAUAUCCCCCUCCCCUCCUCCACCUCCACGGCAUGCCCCUCUUUCCGCGCUCCGUCAACCCAUCGAGCACCCUCGUCCGCGCCGACUCGCUCGAAUCCCGCUUACACAAAACACGCUUACUCCGCCGGCUCGAACGGCGCGAUCUCUCCGCCGCCGAAGAACGCUCCAUCGCUCCCUUCGCUGCCAAACACGGCACGCGAAAACGUCCCUCCUUCCAUCUCGACGAAGCCUCCUUCUCGAACACGCGACGCAUACGAUCGUACAGCCAGGGUCUCCAACGCUGGGCCGACCGGCCCUGCUUCGAGGACCGCGUCACGCUGUGGACGACCGCCGCCGACGACCCGAGCAAAGGUACUGCUGACGGCGAUCUCAUUGGUCAGCGCGUGAUCGGCAGGCCAGGGUACGCUGUUGCGUCGCUCGAGUUCUCGAUGGGCCUGGAGGCCCUGGCGGGCCUUGCGGGCGACUUUGUUCCGGAGUACGAGCCGGCUUCGUCCGCGUCGAGCAGCAGCUCGCAGCUGCCGGCCACCGUCGCGUCGCGUGCUGCCGGCCCGUUCAAGACUGGCCCGUCGCCCUUGCGCAUCGAGCAUUCGCCUCCGGCUCCUCGAGUGCCAGCGCACACUGCGAACCUGCACCUGUCUGCUCCGCUGUCCGCGAAGAGCCAGCCUUCCCCCGCCUCGUCAUCCACGAUACGCUCGCCUGUCCCCUCCUCUUCCACAUCUCCGCUUUCUCCCGACCCUGCAGCAGAAGCAGCAAUGCCCGCACCCGCCAGGCAAGGCGUUCGGUUCGCACCGGAAACCAAAGAUGUGUCCGAAUCGAUACCCCUCGGCUACGCCCUCAAGGCGCGGAAAGCAAAAGAAGACAAGGCGAAGUUCCUGAAGGAGGAGCGCGAACGACGCGCGCUCGAGGAGGAGCGGAGGAAGAUGGAGGAGGAGCGACGGAAGAUGGAGGAGGACAAGCUGCGAUUCGAGAAGGAGAAGCGCGAGUUCGAGGAAGAGCGCAGCCGACAGCGUCGUUACGCCGACGAAGUGGCUGCCGCCCGAAAGAGGCAAUCCAUGUCCCGUACUGGGCUCGCCGCCGGCCCGGGUCCGUCGAGCUUCCUUCCUGAUCGCAGGCCGCCUGCGCCCGAUAGAGGGACGAGCUCCGGGGCCGUGUCGCAGGCGUCAGACCGCCGAUCUUUCGAGCCCAUGCCGCCGCGAAGGCAGGCCUCGGAGCCGGCCGUCACUACCAUGCGCGCGGGAGAUCCUUCGCCCGCCCGCAACCCUCCGUCUACUGCGAGGCACUCGGUGUACUUGACAGGCUAUCCGUCCGCAGACGACGUGCGAACGGCGCCUGGGAGCGCGAGCCGACGCUCGUCCAUGGUCUCCUCCUCCGCUGCUGCAGCCGAUGCGGCAGACCGCGGGCGGGUCCGGAGCCGCAAGACGUCCGCGCACUCGAACACGUCCUCGUCCGGCCGGCCGAUCAGCAUGAUGCUGAAUACGAACGUGCCGCCCGUGCCUCCCAUGCCGAUGAUGGCCAUGCCGGGUGCCAUGUACACCAACAGUCCCGUUAGCGAAACCCUCCUCCCUCCCUCCGCUCCAUUCAUGAUGCAGUCCUACGGCCCGCGGUCGCGCAACAGCUCGCGAGGAUCGGGUUCGCGGGACAGCGAUCGAAGAUCUGGCGAAUCGUCGCCCGGGCGGAACUCGACGUCCGGCAGCUCGUCGGGGAGCCGAAGGCCGCGGCCGGGGCAGUCGCCAACGCACCUCUCUCCGCACCCGCGGUUACCGAGCAGUCAGAGCUCGGACAGGGUGAACGCGGUGCCCCACUCCUCGGGCUCUUCGCAAGGGGGACGUCCCGGCGUCGGAAUGUUUGGUACGGGCACGCGCUCGUACUCGUUCCAGGAUCCACGGAUGGCGAUGGCGAUGCCCAUGAACCCGAUGGCGCAGGGUAUGGGCAUGUACCCGAUGGGUAUGCAGAUGACUAUGUCGCCGAGCAUGCCGAUGGUCGGCGGCUGGGGUAUGCCCAUGGCGCAGCAGUUCGUCCAACAACCGGGGAUGCAACCCGCCGCGCUUAACCCUGCCCUCGCCACGCCGGGCAAGGGCAGGCAAAGCACCAUCUUCUGA